UUGCUGAUUAGUGAAAAUUACUUCAUUUAAGCCACAUUUAAACCAUUUAGGAUGACAUUUAAGGACUCCUCUGUAGCUUCCAAAAACAUUCUUCUGCCCUUCAUCAGAAUGGUACUGUGUAAAGAGUGGUGAACUGGUUGAUGCCUGGGCUGUGAAAGAGGCUGGAUAUUCCUGUUUAGCAUCUCUUGUGCCACUUAAACUUCCCUUCACUGACUAAAAUAGCAUUGAUACGCCCUUGUAUGAUGUCACAAACAAAUCCCGUACCUGUUCUACAAAACUGAAACCAAAAUAAAUCCUGAUUAUAAACAGAAUACUAAACAGAAGGACUCAGGAUGAAUCACAGGGCAUAACCAGUAAACAACAGAAUGUAUCCAGUCCUACCAUACAUACCAUACACACACUGCAAUAGUUCAGAAACAGUACAUAUAUUUGACUACAGUAAGGUUUAGGACAGAAAAAAAAUUCAGGAAUUGAGAGCAGUUUGAUUCUUACAAUAAAAGAAGUUAAAUUCACAUACUGCUAUGACGUUGAAAUAGAUCACCCUUUAGCAAACACUUGGUCACAGAAAGUAAAGAAAAAAUGUCCCCUUUACCAUGAUUGAUCAAGACUUUGUGGUAGGAAACCAUCUCCAUCAACCAGCUGGUACAGAGUGCACAAGGAGGCAAAAGUCUGUGUAAUAGACUUGUUUUAGUCUAUCAGUAAAACAAAUAUUCUUGUUACACAACCUCAGUACUGUAUGCUGACAUUAGGGUUUCUACAGUUCAUCAAGUGUCUGGUCUAAAUUUACAAGGGGAAAUGGAUGGAGAGAGAUAAGGACUUGUUCCAAAUACAACAAAAUUUGAUUUAAAUAUUUUUUCUUUUUUUUCUUCUUUGGUGUUACAAGAAAUUGUAUAGAGGAUAUCACACCGAGUCUAAAAGAAGGCACACAAACAGAUGGUUGAUUUAGUUUCUCUUGGGAAACAUCAGCAUAGGACAUGUUGUAGAUCUCAACAGUUGAAAAGCAGAACAUGAGAAGUUCACUUUUGUUGGACUAUUAUUGAACCACCAUGAUCACAGAAUACAUUCAGAACAUUGUGGGCAAAAGAUUUUCCGGUUGUAUUGUCCAAAGUUUUGUACAGUAGUGUUUGAUUAAAGACAAGAGCUUUGAAAUGAGAACAUCUGAGACCUGUCUUUAAUAAACUACCAGGAUUUACCAUUUAGAAUUAUUAAAGUAGAACUCUGCAUUUGUUUUAAAAGCAUAUUUAUGUCAAAGCAAAAGUGAAACAAAGCAGAGCCUUUUCAUAUUUUCUUUUCUAAAUUCCUACAUUUCUUAUGUAAAGCAAGUAUGUAAAGCAAGUCCUGCAACCUAAACAACACUUGAGUUACAAGAAGUCAGUAGCAAAUUAGAGGAAGUGAAAGUGAAAGUGUUUCAAAAACAUGCCAAGCUCCACCUCUCUCUGCUAUAUUGGUUUCACUGUAUUUUUCCAUGACAGUAGAAAGUUUACACUGGUCUCUCCUGAGAUCUGAGUUCACUUUAAACAGGCAAACAAGAUUUUUAUCUUGGUCUCCUUCAAAGGCACAAAGUUGACAUCAGGACAGCUCUGUUUCUGCUCCAGAAACCAGUUUAAAAUCAACAUGGAGGAUCCACUGGAUUUCUAUAUAGUAGAUAUUGCUGAAGUGAAAGAGGCCCUGGAAAACAAUGAUACUGCUGCAGCAACUGAGAAAAUUCAAGAAUGUUUAGAAAAGCAAGAAAAGAUUCCAUUAAACAUUGCCAUUACAGGAGAGUCUGGUGCUGGUAAAUCCACUUUUAUUAAUGCCUUCAGAGGUAUAGACCACAAAGAUGAGAGGGCAGCCCGCACUGGUGCUGUAGAAACCACCAUGGAGCUUACAAAAUACCCACAUCCAAACUAUCCUAAUGUCUUAUUCUGGGAUCUCCCUGGUAUUGGCACUACCAAUUUUCCAGCUGAUGAGUAUCUGAAGAAAAUGGAAUUUGAAAAGUUUGACUUCUUCAUCAUCAUCUCAGACACUCGUUUCAGAGAAAAUGAUGUGAAACUCGCUCUGGAGAUUCAAAAGAUGGAGAAAAAGUUCUACUUUGUCCGCUCCAAAAUUGACAAUGAUGUUCGUGCUGAAGAAAGAACUCAGAAAGAUUUCAGUCUAGAGAAGAGUCUUGAAGGGAUUAAGAGAAACUGCAUUCAAGGUCUUCAAAAAGGAGGGAUGACGUCUCCUAAGGUCUUCCUGGUGUCCAGCUUUGAACUCCACCUUUAUGAUUUCCCUCUCCUACAAAAUACCUUAGAGAAAGAACUCCCAGCACAUAAGAGGGAUGUUCUGCUGUUUGCCAUGCCCAACAUCAACAUGGAGAUCAUCAACAAGAAGAAAGAAGCCUUUCAGGCCAAGAUAAAAUUAUACUCUGCUGGAUCUGCAAUGGCAGCAGGCGUACCGAUUCCUUUCCUUUCUGUUACUGUUGAUCUAACCAUAAUGGUGAAAGCUAUAGUAGAUUAUCUAACUGGUUUUGGUCUUGAUGAGCCUUCACUGGAAAGGCUUUCUUCCACCUCAGGUGUGUCUUUAGAUGAAUUACAUGCUGUCCUUAAGUCACCACUUGCUGCCAAAAACAUAACCAAUGAUCUCGUCCUGAAGGUGUUGUCCCACUUAACAGGCACAACUGCAUUAAUGGCAGCAGAGGAGGGGUCCAGAUUUAUUCCAUUAUUUGGAAUCCCAUUAGCAAUGAGUGUGUCUUUUGUCACAACCUACAGAGCUCUGAGGUUUUUCCUCAACAUGCUUGCAGACGAUGCUCAGAGUGUGUUUAAAAAGGCUCUGGGUUUGGAAACUGCGGAAUAAGGGAAAUAUUUUACUGCUACUCAUAUUCAUCAUUAUUACCAUUGCAUUGAUCAAAUUAAUCAUCAUUUCAGUAAAACAUUUAUUGAAGCUGUUGGCAUUACAUUAACCUAUUUAUUACAGGUACAGCUAAGACCAUUUUAUACACAUUGCAUUUUGUGCUUAUUAAAGAGUUGAAGCUCGGUCAAUUAAUUGGAGGUUGUAAGCUUUGUUUGGCGCGAUGUCCAGACAAUCUAUUGUGUAAGUGACUUGGAGCUAUAGAAGGUUAAAACUGCGUACACGCCUACAAAACACAUAUAAUACAUAUAAUCUAGAAACAGGCUUGAGUGAAGGCCUGAAUGUAUCCGGCUUCUUGUUGCAUUUGAGUUUUGCUUAGUAACAGGUGACAGAAGAUGGGCCAAAAAGGAGGACCAGUCCCUGGGAAACGUCAGAGCCUGAAUCCAUCGCCAUAUUUGGAGAAGAUGCUAGAGAGGGGAACUUCAGUGUCUGCAUUUAUCUCUUAAGAUUGCUCAUUGUCUAUAAAACAUGCAAAUGAUGUUCUUAAAAUACAAAUUAUGUUCUUGUACAACGCGAGAAGGGGCGUUAACCAACCCUGACGUUGUAAAAGCAAUCUGAAGUGUAUUUUUGGGCAAAGAUCUACAUCUGAUGUUUUGCAGUGUACAUCUUCCCACGCGUGUGUUCAAUAAACCCAUCUGUUUGAUUGCA